AUGAGAUUUGAAGAUCUAAUGAGCCACAGACAUUCUUCUCUCAAGAAGCCCAAGCUUCGACCAAAAUCUGUUGCCUUAAGAAAAGAGCCAACAUUUAAGCUAAUUGUUGAAGUCCCAUCAGUUAUCAAAGUCGAAGAAAAUAUAAUCCGAUCUAAAUCAACAGAACCUGAGCACAAAUAUGAUGAUGUAGAGCGGCAAUACAGACUCCCACUAAUUUUAUCAAAACUAAAAUUCGGCAGUUUAAUCCAGUCAAGUUCUAAACAAACAUCUUUCAAUCACAUUGAAAAAUCUAAAAAAUCAGCAGGAAUCCUCUCACCUUAUCUUUGUGAAGGGAAGCUUAAACAAUUUUCAGUGCAAGAAUGAAAUAGUUCUUACCGAAUUAAAAAAAAACUGAAGGUAAAUAAUCGCUUUGCGAUGAUAAGUCAAGCUUACACAGCUGCUAAAAACAAUUAA